AUGAAGUAUCUACCUUUACGAUUCACUCUCUCAUCGUUGGCUGCAUACGCGGCAGCUUCAUCUUCGCAGUCUGCAUUCUCUCCAGAGUCAGCUCCAGAGCCUGUAAAUAAGGACUAUCACGCCAACGCAGGUGUCUUGAAAUAUGUCAACCCCCUCGUCGGCACCCGGGGCUAUGAUCCUAACGAUCUUGGUGGCAUGAUUCCGUCUGUAUCACCACCAUUCGGAAUGACGCGAUGGACGCCCCAGACGCGCGAAAACUUCAUCUCGCAGGUCCCCUACAACGACCGCGACCGCCGCAUGCAUGGCUUCCAAGCAACUCACCAGCCUGCCAUCUGGAUAGGUGAAAACGGCCAUGUAGCACUUAUGCCGGGCCUUGGAGACGAAAUCCAUCACCUGUUCCAGCACCGGGGACUGGCAUUCAGAAAGGAAGAUGAGAGGAGCACGCCCUACGUGUAUGAAGUGACGCUUGAUGCAGACUCGGGGGGCGAAUCCGGAUGGAAUCUUACUGAACAAGCGACAUCAGAUCUUCUCGGAGAUGCCUGUCCUCCAUGCCCGGGAGGCGCCAACUUCAUCCCAAAUAAAGACGUGACGGAGGGCGCUAACGGCCGUGUAAGAAGACGAGAUUAUGUCUUUGAGCCGGAGGCCCAGUAUGCCGUGCAAAGCCCAUCUUCAAAUGCUUCAGACUACCUGGACGGAGCCAAGUAUGAAAAUUCCAUACAAGUAGCGAUGAGUGCAUCAGCCCAUGUUGGUCACCUACGCGUUGAUUUCCAAGAUACCCAGGCACGGCAGCCUUAUUUUGUCAUACAGGCCAGCCGCCUCAAUUGGACAGGCCACGUCCAAAUUGAACCCGAGACUCAAGAGGUAUCUGGAAGUAAUAGCCAGCGACAAGAAUACUUGCUAGGCCCCGAUAAGCCUGAAUCAUUUAGACUCUACUUUGUAUCGCGCUUUUCUGCACCAUUUGCCUCCUACGGGGUUACCCAAGCUGAUAAAUUGUACAAAGAGCGCAAAUACAUCGAAGACAAUUUUGUGGGUGCAUUUGUCACCUUCGAUGAGUCGGUCCAAAGAGUCGAGGUGAGAACUGGAGUCUCGUAUGUAAGCGUGGAGCAAGCCAGAAAGAAUCUGGAUAUCGACAUACCAGAUGGGACGACAUUCGAAACAACAGUCGACAACGUGAAGUCAGCGUGGCUAGAAAGACUCGGCCGCAUCAAAAUCUCUGGAGUAAACGAGACUGAUGCAGACCACCACCCCCAAACUAUCUUUUACACAGGGCUAUUCCAUGCUCUUCAGUAUCCUAGCGACUAUUCCGAGCCCACGACAUCAUCUGAGGGUGGUCUGCGCCGCUUCUAUAGUGGCUAUACAGACAGUGUUCAUGAAGCAAAUGAUUCAUAUUACCAGUCGUGGUCAAUCUGGGAUACUUACCGAGCAGAGCACUCGUUACUUACCAUCUUUGCUCCGGAACGGGUCGAUUCCAUGAUGCGCUCUCUCUUGCGUAUAUUUGACUGGUCUGGUCGGUUGCCCCUUUGGAACAACAUGAUUGAGAACAACGAAAUGAUUGCAACUCACGUUGACGCUGUGAUUGCGAAUGCUUUAAUCAGAGGAUUUAACGACUUCGAUGUCGCGAAAGCGUGGGAUGCCGUCUACGUAGACGCUUACGUGCCACCUGAGAAUGACACCGAUUUACUCUAUUACUCGAGAGAACCAAGCACUCCCUAUGAAUGUCGAGCUGGACUGACAAGCUACCUCGAACAUGGAUGGGUCGACAAUGAUCGCUGGGCCGAGUCUGGUAGCCGCACUCUUGAUUAUUCCUUCGAUGAUCACGCUGCUGCAGUAGUCGCCGAACACGCUGGGGAUCUCGAGCAUGCAAAGGAGCUAAGAGAGCGUUCUCAAAACUACAGGAAGCUCUGGAACCCAGAAACCGAAUUUAUGCAGGCCCGUAACGCAAAUGGUACGUGGGCAAAUGAUACUUGGGGAUGGACCGAGGGCGACAAAUGGAUCUACACGCUGAACGUGAUGCAUGAUGUUGGCGGCCUGGCUUCGCUGUUCAAAGGCGGCAAGAAAGCAAUGAAGGCUCGCAUGGACGAAUAUUUCGCGGGAGGUCAUAAUAUGCACAGCAACGAGCCUUCGCAUCACGCUCCUUAUUUGUAUUCUGCCAUCGGGUAUCCUGCUGAUGCGGCAAGACAAGUUCGUGAGCUUGCGUGGGAGAACUACAACGCAACGGCCUCAGGGCUUAGCGGUAAUGAGGAUCUGGGACAAAUGAGCGCAUGGUACGUUUUAUCGGCGCUGGGGUUCUACCCUGUCAACCCAGCGAGCGAUGAGUAUAUUGUUGCCACCCCAUUCUUCGACGAGGUGGAGAUUCUGUUGCCUCCUGGGCCGGGAGAUGUUGGAAAGGAGCAUACCCUGAUCAUUUCAGCACCUGGAGCGGGCUCUGAAGGGAAGGCAUUUGUAAAGAGCUUAAAGGUUGACGGAGAAGAGGUUAGGAAGCCGUUACUAAAACAUGGGCAAAUUGUGAAGUCGAAGAGGAUUGAUUUUGAGAUGAGCAGUGAGCCAACAGAUUGGGGACGAGAGGGAACGGUGUAA